CCUUCGCUUCUUGACUUAAAUCCAUAAGCAUUUUCAGGGCCUUCCCUUUUACUGCUGAAAGUGGGAGGAGCAGGCAGGCCACAGUUCCUCCUGGGACCAGAGGGCUUUUCUCCCAGACUACCUCAGCAGCCACCUCUGUUGCCACCGGAAUCUGCUUACACCCCGGCUGAGGAAGGGCGAUGCCAGGGAGCUGGUGAAGUUGUUCUUUCUUGGUCCACCAUGGCCGACAGUGCUAAGUAUGAAGUGGCCCCCCAGCACAAUGGGGAUAGCCCCUCUCUGGCUGAGAGGGCCAGCCCUGAGCCGGAGCAGGUGAAGCUGAAGAAGGAGAUCUCGCUGCUGAAUGGCGUGUGCCUGAUCGUGGGAAACAUGAUCGGCUCGGGCAUCUUUGUCUCUCCCAAAGGGGUGCUCAUGUACAGUGCUUCCUUUGGCCUCUCCCUGGUCAUCUGGGCGAUCGGGGGCAUCUUCUCCGUCUUUGGGGCCCUGUGCUAUGCCGAACUGGGCACCACCAUUAAGAAGUCCGGGGCCAGCUAUGCCUACAUCUUUGAGGCCUUCGGGGGAUUCCUCGCCUUCAUCCGGCUCUGGACCUCCCUCCUCCUCAUCGAGCCCACCAGCCAGGCCAUCAUCGCCAUCACCUUUGCCAACUACAUGGUGCAGCCCCUCUUCCCGACUUGCUUGGCCCCCUACGUUGCUGUCCGCCUGCUGGCUGCUGCGUGCAUCUGUCUCUUAACCUUCAUUAACUGUGCCUAUGUCAAGUGGGGAACCAUGGUACAAGAUAUUUUCACCUAUGCUAAAGUAUUGGCGCUGAUCGCAGUCAUCAUUGCAGGCGUUGUUAGACUUGGCCAGGGCAACACCUCUCACUUUGAGAAUUCUUUUGAGGGUUCAUCGUAUGCGAUGGGCGACAUUGCCCUGGCCCUGUACUCAGCAUUGUUUUCCUACUCCGGCUGGGACACCCUCAACUAUGUCACUGAGGAGAUCAAGAAUCCGGAGAGGAACUUGCCCCUCUCCAUUGGCAUUUCCAUGCCCAUUGUCACCAUCAUCUACAUCUUGACCAAUGUGGCUUAUUAUACCGUGCUGGACAUGAGUGACAUCCUAGCCAGCGAUGCUGUUGCUGUGACUUUUGCAGACCAGAUUUUUGGGGUAUUCAACUGGAUAAUUCCAUUUGCAGUGGCGCUAUCCUGCUUCGGUGGCCUCAAUGCCUCCAUUGUGGCUGCCUCUAGGCUUUUCUUUGUGGGCUCGAGAGAGGGCCACCUUCCUGAUGCCAUCUGCAUGAUUCACGUUGAGCGGUUCACGCCAGUCCCGGCUCUGCUCUUCAACGGCAUCAUGGCACUGAUCUACUUGUGUGUGGAUGACAUCUUCCAGCUCAUUAACUACUACAGUUUCAGCUACUGGUUCUUUGUGGGGCUCUCCAUCGUGGGGCAGCUCUAUCUGCGCUGGAAAGAGCCCGAUCGGCCUCGUCCCCUCAAGCUCAGCCUGUGCUUCCCCAUUGUCUUCUGCCUCUGCACCAUCUUCCUGGUGGCCGUUCCGCUCUACAGCGAUACCAUCAACUCCCUCAUUGGCAUUGCCAUUGCCCUCUCGGGCCUGCCCUUUUACUUCCUCAUCAUCAGAGUGCCAGAGGGCAAGCGGCCUCCUUGUCUCCGGAGGAUUGUGGCAUCCGCCACAAAGUACCUCCAAGUCCUGUCUAUGUCAGUUGCUGCCGAGAUGGAUUUGGAAGAUGGGGAAGACACGCCCAAGCACCACGAUCCUAAGUCGGACUAAGUAUCACUGUGAAUCCUGAGUCGUACAAUCGGACUGCUUGCUUCUUCCUACGGCUGGAGUCGGAGGAAGGAAGUUGGAAGGAAAGCUCCGUUCUCUGGAGGCACCUAUCCAAAUGCCUGGUCAAGGCAGCUUCAACCUCGUGAACUUGCUUUUUGAGAGAUUGAACGUAAUUUAUUAGUUUUGCUACACAGUGUUCUGGAUUUUUUAAGAAGGGAAGGCGGACUGUGAUGGGGAGCACGUCUCGCACAUUCCUAGGUGUUUCAGAGACUCACUCACAUCUGGGUGUGCCCACCCAUUUGUCUUUUCCUUUCAAAGGGCCAAUUAUGCUCCGGGCUUCUUGUCUCCGAGAGACACGAAACUGUCACAGGUGCUGGACAAAUAAAAGGGAUCUGUCCCUAA